GCAGGUUGCUAGCUAAGGAAUACCAAACAAAGCGCUCCCGGAGCCCCACCCCCGCGCUGGAUUUCCUCCAGCAGGCUAGGUUGCUCCCUCUGUCGCUCGGCUGGGGUUGGCUGGACCGAGCCAAACAGAGCUGGGCGCAGCCCUCCCUCUCUCCGCCCGGAUACCGCGGACGGCAAAACUUCUCACCCCUCCCUCUGCUCCCCUGUCGCGCUGCGGAGGAGCAGGGGAUUCCUGAUCACGACGCGUUUACUCCGGUUGAACUCGCCCGUCCGGUUGGGCACUCGCUGUCUCCUCCUCCUCCUCCUCCGUGCCCGGGAUCCCUGCUCGGCGAGGUUUGGUUGAGGCGCCACGCAGCUCCAGAUACGGGGAAGGUGAGGCGGACGGGCAGGUGGGAAGCGCUCCGCUGAAGUUGGCUGCGCUCUGGUCCUUUUCUCCCGGACCGCCAGCGGGGGAGGCGAGGCAAGGAGAGGGGAGGAGAGAGCAGGAAGGGCAGAAAAGUUUCCAGCUGACUCUCGGGAUAAAGCAGAAAGCGGAGGAAAAGCUGCCCGGAUCCCAGUGAGGUGACGCUUCCUUCCUGUUUCCUGUGAUGACAUCACUGCGGUGUUGACUGCCAGGCAGUUGCAGGGCUGUUGAUGCCCCUGGGGGCCCAUGGCAGCUGAGGUGGGAAUGAAGUCGGGGCCCCCCUCUCUGGGGGAGCGUGCGGGGGGGGAUGGGAGACCAGGAGGGGGGGCAGCACGUGCGCACCUGAGCCCCCUCACCGACUCCAGCAAUAAGGUCCCCCCUGAACCCACAUCCAGAUCCCAGGGGAGCCUCAUUCUCCCAGCCGAGCCCGCCAAACCCCUCCCGGGCCCCAAACCCCGGCUCACCCCGAAACCUUUCACUGUGGAUCGGCCCUCUGCCAUCCGCCCCAUCCUGGCCCCCAAACCGAGCGCCAAAUCAGAGGCCCGCCCUGCUCCGGCUAACACCUCAAAACCUAGCCUGGGCGGCGUGACGGGGCCCAGUGCCAAGCCCAGCCCCAACACCCCAAAGCCCAUCUCCACCACUCCAAACGCCACCCCAGAAGUUCCCACUGGAUCGCCAUCCUUUAAACCGAGCCCCACCCCCAAGCCAGACCAGAGCCCUGGGAGCGCGGCACCCUGCACCCCGCCAGCGAGCGUCCAGCCCCAGACGGUGACGGUGAUCGGGACUGCGGACACCCCCGGGGCUGGGCAGGGCCUUCGGGGGUGCCAGUCGGCAGAGUGGGCGGGGCGGACGAGGGCAGAGGCGGAGCCGGAGGAGGGGGGCAGGGCCAGACGGGCAGGAAGUAGCAUCACCAGGGCCAAAUCCAUGGGCUUCCUGAACCGGGCUGAGUCCAGGGGCGCAGAGGACAGGCAGCAGGAGGGGCAGAACCGGGCCCCAGGCCCGGACACCCCCUCACAGCUCCGGUCCCGGGCCAAGCCCAGCAAGCCCAGGCCGGUUUCUGCCAUGUACCCGUCCAGCUCGAAUCAGCCUGACGCCUCCCCAACCAAGGACCCGGGGACGAGACCCUGGGUAGCGGCGCGCAGACCCCUGUCCUCUGACCUCACGGCGAAGUUUGAAUCCAUCGGGCUGUCUCUGCACAGCAAGGCCGGGAGAGCUGUGCACAGCAAGGAGAACAAGCCGGACAGCGCGAAGGAGGAAGAGGAGGAGGAGGAGGAGGAGGAGGAGGAGGAGAAUGCGCCGGCGCCGGCCAGGAGGAGAGAGAGGGUGCUGGAGAGAGGAGCUGAGGGGGUGAGCCCGAGGGACCUGGAGAGAGAGACUGCUGCUCCAGAGACCAAGCCCGUGCCUGAGGAAGCAGAGCCCGGCGAGGAGGGGAAGGAGGAGACACUGCCUCCUACAGGCGGAAGUAUUAAACGGCGAAUCAGCCAGUUGCUGGACUCCUCCUCCUCCCCCUCUUCUGGAGGUGGGGUCAACACUCAGGGGUCAGCCCCACCCCUUGCGGAUGUGGAGCCGACUGUGGGGGUGAAGCAGCGAAUCAAGGAGCUGACAGCAACAGAUACGCCCCCCGGCAGGGCGGAGCCCCAGAGGAGAUCCAUCAAGCCCCGCCCACUGCCCGCGGACCUCACUAGACGGUUUGCUCGGGAGAAUCCGGCUCCCUCUGGGAAUGAGGCGACGAGGAGCCGCUCGGAGAGCGACAGCGACGCCCACAGAAAGGUGGAUGACCUGCCCCCCUCGCCCCUGGGGGACCCCGAGAGGGGAUGGAAAGGAGAGGAGGGGACUGUGGCCGAGGGGGGUGCCCACGAGCCCUGCGCCCUCGCCGCCCCGCCCGCUGCCACGACACCGCGGAGGAGGGAAGAAGAGGACGAGGAGAAGGUGACGGAAGGGCGGCGGGAGUCCGGCAAUGGUGGGGCCCCGAGCCCGAAUUGCCCCUCGUCCCCAGGCGUUCUGACCGUCCGCGCCUCCCUGUUCGAUAACGUGGUGGAGAGGCACACCGUGGGCGAGGCGCGCCCACUCGCCGAGGGAGGAAGAGGAGGAGAGCAUGCCCAGCGGAGCCAGUCUGUCCGUUACGGAGUGCCGGCCCAGGAUGGGGCACGGCAGAGGGGCAUCCUGGCCACGGCUUCAUUCCGGGAAACCCCCACCUUCUCCACGGCCGUGGUCCCGGGGCCGCUGGCGGCGCUGACGAAGGUGGAGCACGUGUAUGACGCUGUCGGCGCCGUGGGGGAGAGGAGGGCGGUGAGCGAGGAGCUGCCCGCGGCCCAGCACGAAGACAGAGCCCUGACCCUGCGCUCGCGGAGGGCCAGCUCCGGAGAGCCCGCCACCCCGCCUGCGCAGGGCAGCAGGUGCCUCCGGGUGGGCGCCUUGCAGAAGUGGCGGACAGACGCCCCCCUGCAGGCGGGGGGUGUCCAGUCCUCUCCAGAUUCCCCCGGAGCAGAGUGGCACAGCAGACGGGCACCAGGAGUCCCAGCAGAGCUGGAACAGAAGGAGGGGGAAUUGGAGAAAGAGAGGGAAGGUGAGCUGGAGAGGCAGAGGGAGUUGGAAUGGGAGAGGCAGAGACAGUUGGAAUUAGAGUGGGAGAGGCAGAAGGAGUUACAGAAGGAGAGACAGGGCAAUCCCACAAUUACCACCACGAUUGAGCAAGGAAAAAGAGGUGAAGGGGAGCCCCGAGCAAUGUUCUUCGCCCUGACUGGCCAGACCAAGGAUAGCCCUCCAGAGGUCCCGAAGAGCGUGACCAGUAGUGCAGGGAUAGAGGUGCUCUACGAUGAUUUUUCUGUGAAGCAGCGUCAGUGGAGCAUACCGAGGUUCUCCUUGCACAGGAGCCCCUCUCUGGAGGCAGCCUUUGGAAAGGCCGAAGAGACAGUGCAGGACCAGGCGCACGCUCUGAGGCAACAGGAAGAGGAAGAGUCGGAGGGUCCUGGGCGGGCCAUGCUCAAACCCAGUGUGCUGGACCUGAACUCCCCCACUAUCGGAGAGCAGAAGGACAGGAGCCCCAGGUGGGAAACACCCGCCCCCAAAGCAGGGGAGUCAUACAGGCUUCCGGUUUUGGACGUCGACUCCUUCCGGGGCAGCUCUGAAGGGGGACCCCAGCUCCUAGCUUCUAGCAGGAGAAUCUGCAACCCUGAAUCUCCCCGCCACCAGCCUAUUCAGGAGGUCUUGCCUGUUGCUGAUAUUCAGAAACCAGGAGGGCACCAACACCAGGAAGAAGGCUCUCACAAACCUGGAACCUACUCGAUGGAUCUGGAUCCUAAAACAGCCAAGCGACACAUUUUGGGGGCCUCCAGCGCUCCCCAAGAAGCCCUGAUCACUGAGAAUCCCCCACAGCAGUCUGGCAUCACAGAACCCAUAUCGUCUCCCUCACAGAAGGCAUUCUGGGAGACUGGAGGGAAGGAGGGGUCAGGAUCCAGAGGAAGAGGAGCAGAGGAGCUUCCCGACCACUGGGGCACUGCACCAUGGCCUUCUGUACUGGAUCAGAAACAGAACCAGAACUGGGCCCAGUUUCCAGAGCCUCUCUCUCAGAGUUCAGCAGCCUCAGUGCCUCAGGACUGGAAAAAGGGGGCAGAUCAGAGAGGUUCCUCUCUCCUGCCCCCACUGCAACCCGAAUCCCAGAGACAGGGGGACACUUUGGAUUCCUGGAGUCUGCACCAGCGCCCCCUGGCCGGUGGUGAGCCCAGUGCCGAGCGCCACACACAGCCACACAGGAGGGAUUCGGCGCGGGCGAAGCCGGGCAGCGUGUCAUGGAAGCCAGCGCCUCCGGAGAGCCCCCUGGAGGGGCCCUUGGCGAGAGCGAGGAGCCGCAGCCGGCACACUGAGGACUGUAGCGCGGGGAGCAGCCGACGCAGCGCUCUCCGUACCUGCCUGUACCUCCGUCUGCUGCUGCUGCGGUUCGUGGCCGUUCCGGGCUGUGGGAGCCCGCUGCCGCCGGGCGCCAUGGACUACCUGGGCGACAAGCUGGCGGUGGCACAGACGCAGAUGUCGCAGUGGGUGGGAACGGUCCGCCGCUCGCUGCACGGCGCCAUCAGCCUGGUCUCCACGGCGAUGGCCCCCGAGCGGGGAGCCGCGGGUGAGCGCUCGUCCUUCAAGCGUGCAGCGUCCCUGCGCAGCUUCGCGUCUCGCAGCCGCGAGUCCAUCCGCAGGUUCUCCCUGCGCAGCCAGCAGCGCCUGUCGCUACGGAAACGCCACGCCAACCCCGACUCCCCCCUUGAAGAGCAGCUGAAGCAGUGUGUCAGCAGGGCACCGGAGGAGGGCAAGGACACAGACACUCUAGUGCCAGAGACAGACAGUCAGUACGGGACCUGGGACACCGGCCUGCGAACCGAGGACAGCCUCACCCCCGCCUCCCCCACAGCUGAAAGCAGCCUGAGCGCAUCACUGCGGAGACACACACCGUCCUCCCCCCUUGACCUCGCAACCCCCAGCGACCCUGACGUCACUGACGGCCUCUCUCUGUCCCUCAGCACCCCAGGCGAGCAGGAAGAGCUCUCGUUCCCCGAGCCGGCCGCCUCUCUCCUGGACUGCAGCGCCAUGAAGGCUCGCGCCCAGCUCAGCAGGAAGAGCCGCCGCUCCCUGCCCUCGCGCCCAGCACGCCGCUGUCCCCUGCCAGCUGGGGCAGAGCGCCUGGGCCCGCUGCCCGAGGACUGGCUCUACAGGGACUCCACAGAGCACAAGCCGGACCCCCCACAGGAGGACUCGGACACGGAGGACCCAGUGAACACAGCCCGGCGCGUGGAGCGCUCUCCUGCCCCCCAGCCCCAGAGGGUCCCCCUCUUUCCUGGGAUGGACCCCUCCGCCCUUAAGGCCCAGCUGAGGAAGAGGACGGACUCGGAUAGCCAGGCCGACACCCCCUCCCCGACCCAGCUCUCCCGCUCUCCAAAGUCGCCCUUCGUUCCCGGAACCAGAGUGCGGCCCCCUUCAGGCAGGAAGGAAAACGGGUCAGAGGAGUCGUCCCCCCAGUGGCUGAAGGAGCUGAAGUCAAAGAAGCGGCUCAGUCAGUACGACAAUGACGCCUAGCGGGUGGCCUUAAAGUGGAGCGCAGGAGGAAGAAGCCUUAACUUUUGGACCUGGAUAUGACCUGUGCGUUCUGCUGCUGCUGAUGCGACUCUUCACUUCCUGCCUGGGUCGCGAAGUGCAUGGUGCCUUUUUGGAGAAAAAAUCUAUAUAUAUAUAUUUUUGUGUUCAAACAGGCUGAAAAACUUGCUGCUGCUUAUUGUUCUUACAGGCAGUUGUUAGAGAGAUUUUAACAAAGAGCCACUUUAGCCUCAGACACCUCAAGGAGGGAGAGCAAGCAGAAGAUGAGCUCACAGGGGAACCAAUUCUUUCCUGCCCUUGUUGCACAUCAGGAAGGGUUAAACUGCCGGAUCAAGGAGCUCUGAGCUUAAAAGUGCUUCUCUUAAGGUAGAAGGAAAUAAAAGCAACUCAGAAGACCAGCGAAGAAAAUGGAUGUAGUUUUUUUAUCAUUAUCAUUUUAAAAUUUUAUAGAUCAGUUUUGGAAGGGGAUCAUAUUGUAUCUUUUUUUAGUGUUUUUUAUCAUUGCGUCCUUCAGGUCCUGAGCCUCGUGUUGCCAUAGAAUGGGGACAGAACUAAUCUCUUCUUUUUUCUUUUUACAAGUCAUAAAUCUUAGAAAGAACAAAACAGUGUUGAAAGAACAAAUACAUAGCUAUAUAUGAUCUAUAUCGACAGUAAUAACGACAGUAAUGAUUAUAAGACAGGUAAAGGCUCUGAUUUUCCUACAGUACCUGCCUCCUGCUAAGAGAGGAGCACUGCCUGUGUUGCCCACUGCUUUUAGGGGCACCCCUGCUCAAUGGGAGUCAUUCGCUCCUAAACUCAAAGCAGAGUUCCCACACUUCCUGAAAAAGCAAGAGAAAACAAUUCCCUAACGGUGCAAUUCCCGGGACAGGCCGUCUUCAUCCAUCUGACUAAUUUGGUUUGGUCAAAAUAAGAACAAUGUCAACUGAGUGUUUUAAUUGUUUUCCCACUCCUGAAUCAAGUCUCAUUAAGAAAAUUAAUGAAAGGUCACUCGAGUCAUCUCGAGCUCCAGGAGCGGUUGUUCUGUCAUCUGGCGAGUUGUUCUGCUCUGUCCCAGAGGAAGUGUGGGAAUCCUGGGAGAAAGCACAGAUCUAGAAGGCAUCGUUCGAAGACUCGUGUCUGUACGAGCUGAGCUGCAGGUCUGAGCGAGAGAGCUGACACAUGAGCAGGGGACUGCGCUGCAGGCCACGGGGCAGGGAGGAUCUGCAGGGCCAAUGAAAAUAUAAGAAUUGAAAUAAGCUUUCACUCUGAAUUCGAACAAACAUAACAGCAAUAAUCUGGUGAUAUUUUGUCUCUCUGUGCACAGAGACUUUGCAUAAACAUGUUUUUCCUUUUGUAAGUGCUGUUGGUGGUGAGGCGGGGCAGGGAGACAAGGAGGUGUGUUCCUCAAUUUGUCCAGACAGGCAACAAUGUUCAGAAAUAACAGUUCUCUUUGUGCAAAGGUUCCCAGGCUGACUGUGGGAACUACUUUUUCACUGUGAUCAGUAGUUAAUGUGUUCAGUGAACAUCAUGGAAGAAGGCCUCACAGUCCGCGUGUGACCACACUGCUUUUCACGGCAGAGGCUCUCUGUGCUGGGAGCUACUGAGUCUGUCUUUGGCUCAAAGCAAGUCUCUGAGCCCAGGCUCUGCAGUGAUCCAGGCACUGGCUCUGCUGCCUCUGCAUGUGUACAGCCCUUCUCUUACAUCACAGGUCUGCCGCCAAUCAGGUGGUGCUUCUCUCUGUAGCCCUGCCCUCCUCCUUAGUGGCUCUUUGAAACCCCGCCUCCCAGCAGGUGACUGUGGGUCGAUGUUGGAAUCAUGAUCAAAUUGAAUCUGAUUGUAAUUUUUAUUUUUUAGUUUCCUUUGACAGUGUAUUUUAACACAUUUAUUCAAGAAACUGAUUUAUUUUUUAUUUCUCUGUGUUCUGAUGUUAGGGUUCUAUUAACUAUCUUGGGGUCGAUCUUUCUCUUUUCUGUAAACUGCAGUCCUGUUUUGCACUCUGGGUCUGUGCCAGUGGUGUCAGAAUGUGGGCGUGUUAAUAAAGUGGAUAUCGGACA